CGGAGGUUACAAGGUUUGAUCCGCCUCCUGCAUUUGAAGACGCAUGGUAUACGUCUUACCUCGACUCCAUGUCUCAUCACACGUUGAUGCCGUCCGCGGCAGGCAGGCCCACAGCAUCUCUGUAAAUUAUAACAGAGCUGCAGCGCCGGAUCACUUGAGCAAGCACAAUCCGGCCAUGUGCCACCGAUGGGAGGAUAAUUGACACCAGUACGGCCGCGGAACGAGAGGGGAGGACUCAGGCUGGCGGGUGAAACCGGAGUCUGAGUCGAUAAUGAAAGUGGUC